GGCUUUUGGUGGGGAGACCUGAAGAACGCAGUUCUCGACGGAUCGCCGAACCGUUAUCACGCGAACGUUGACACACGUCCGUUCUUUUCUUCGUUCAACUCGACGAAUCUUCUCCACGUGACACGCUCUUGUUUAAUCCUAUUUUUUAAUCACUAUCCCGAAUAAAAAGAAAAGAUUAUUCAUCGAGUAUUCUUAUCUGAGAUGCUUCGUGGAAAAAUCCAGAGAUUUUUGAUACUCGUCGAUCGAUAGAUCGAUCAGUCGCGAUCGAUCUCGAUUCUCUCGAAUCGAUCUAAAUUAAAUCGAAGAGAUUUCGAUGAACUUUUAAGACGCGAUAUACGUUCGAGGAGCGUGAAAUAUUUUUAUUUGUAUCUGCAUAUAUAUAUACACACACACACACACACACAUGUAUAUAUAUACAUAUAUAUUUUAGUCCAUCGUUCGAUAAAGACUACAAAAAAUACCGACGACCCGGACCGGUUGUUGACUCUUAUCCGUUUUCUUUGUAACAGUAUUUACUUUAUUUUGUUUGCCUUCAGUUAGAGGUGUGUUCUCCAACGUGAAGCUUCCGAUCGAUCUCCUCCGCGUGUGUUUUGUGCGGUGCUGUUACAAGAUUGACCCCUACGGUUAUGUUGAAGCGUGUCGAAUGUAUCAGCAGGACCUAACGUAUUUCAAAGGAUCACCACCUUGGUACUUUGGUUGUGUCGGAUGUAAAGAUUUUGCUGGAUAUAAUAGACGUCUGAGCGAGGAGGCACGCUUUUCUUCAAUGAUCGAUAUCCCUCUUUCGGAGUGCACGUGGCACGAGUGUUCUUCCGAGCAAAUCGUUGGAAUUGCGCGCAAGUAGCGAGUGCUUUUCAAGGAGGAGGAGAAGAAGAAGAAGAAGAAGAAGAGAACAAGGGCAUGUUAUGCGUCAAAAAACCAACGACGGUGGCUCGCGUGGAAGAUGAUGCGGUUAAGUAGAUAAGAAAAAAGAAAAGAGAGAGAGAGUGAGAGAGAGAGUGAGAGUGAGAGAGAGAGAGAGAGAGAGAGUGUGUGAGAGUGUGGGUAAGACGGAGUGAGAGGUAAAGAGGGAAGGAAAAGAAGAAAGGCCUGUCUUCAUCUUAGAAGACACCAGGAGAGACGAGAGGAAUCAUCAGCAGCUGAUUCUGAGUGGUGCACGAUGCUCUGCUAUCGCGCUCUUGUCUUUCUUUUUGCUGUCAACGUGCCAAUCGUGACAGGUCUAGAGCCAGACUUCCUUUACCCGCUGCAGAACGUAACGAUUCCGCAGGGUCGAGACGCUACCUUCACUUGCGUGGUGAAAAACCUCGGUGGAUACCGGGUGAGUCCUUCCUCCUCCACGAGCGGAGAUCACUCUGGCGGCGCCAAGGCCCGGGUAGCGUGGAUCAAGGCGGACACCAAGGCGAUCUUAGCGAUUCACGAACACGUCAUCACUAAUAACGCUCGUCUGUCGGUGACGCACAAUGAUCAGAACACCUGGACGUUGAAUAUACGAGGAGCUAGGAAGGAGGAUGGAGGUGUUUACAUGUGCCAAGUUAACACGAAUCCGAUGAAGAGUCAGAGCGCCUUCCUCGAAGUGGUAAUACCACCGGACAUCAUAUCGGAGGAAACGUCCAACGAUUUAAUGGUUCCGGAAGGUGGCUCGGCUAAGCUGGUAUGUAAGGCUAGGGGAUAUCCGAAACCAGACAUCGUUUGGAAACGAGAGGAUGGCUCGGAGAUCAUAUCUCGUGCUGGCUUGUCUGGCGGCAAAACGAAAACACCAACGGCGGAAGGUGAGCUCCUAGUUUUAUCUAAAGUAACUAGAAGCGAGAUGGGAGCUUAUCUUUGCAUCGCCAGUAACGGAGUACCGCCAUCGGUUAGCAAAAGAAUAAUGUUGCACGUUCAUUUUCAUCCGAUGGUUCAAGUACCGAACCAACUUGUUGGAGCUCCAACUGGAACUAACGUCACGCUGGUCUGCCACGUAGAAGCAUCACCCAAAGCCAUUAAUUAUUGGACUCGCGAAUCGGGUGAAAUGAUCAUCAGUAACAGCAAGUACUCGAUGUCGGAGACGAAGACAUCUGCUUAUAGCGUGCAUAUGAAACUAGUUAUCAUGAAUCUUCAAAAGCAAGAUCUUGGUGGUUACAAGUGUAUCUCGAAAAACUCUAUCGGAGACGCCGAGGGUAACAUCCGACUUUACGAUAUGGAACUUCCGAAACAUACGAAAAAAAUUGGCGAUCGUCGCGGAGCAGAGGAAGAUACGAACGACUCCAUAAACGAACGGGAUCACAACCUGAAUCGCAUUUAUCAGGGCUCGCUUAGAGAAGCUGGCUCAACUCUGGACCCGUCCGCCGUCGGAGGAGAAGAUUCUGCCUCGUCUACCUCCUCUCCUACGGAAAGACGCAGUAUCAUUCUCUUCUGGAUCUUCCUUCAUAUCGCAACAAAUCGACUGUUUGCCGUUUAACGACAUAAACCAAAUAUCAAUCAGAUAAGAAAAAUGGAUUAGAGAUCGUUUAUUCGGUCAUAUUUUUCAUCCGAAUUAAACGACGAACUCUGGAUUGCGUGUGUGUGUGUGUGUACGUGUACGUGUACGGGUAUGUGUGACGAUUAUCUCGAUGGACGACGACGUUCGAUCGUUCAUAAUCUCCGAGAAAUCACGAAUUUUUAUUCUCUUUCUUUUUUCUCUUCUCUCUUUUUUCUCUUUUUUUAUUUAUUUACUAAUGAUUAUCGAACGAUUCGAUCACUUAUUUAUCUCGUCGCGAUUAUAAAAUUACGAAGAAAUUACCGCAGACUUUAUCGAUAUUAAUAUUCAUUUAAAUUAAUUAUUAUCUCUGGAGAAAAAAGUAGAUUAAAUCGUGUCGCGUGUAAAUUAAAUAUUUUAUCGAUAUUGUCACUAUUUCUCUCUCUCUCUCUCUCCCUCUCUCCCUCUCUCUCUUGUUUUCAAUGUUUCAUCUAUCGAUAAUUCGUGUUCUCCAUUCGUAACUUAUUGGUUGUUUCGUUCGUUAUCGAAUCCCGUGCUAAAGUUAUAAUUAUAUCCCCACCGAUGUUAUCCACUUUAUUACAUUAGAAGAUAAAUCGAAAGAAAAUUAUCGUUCGAUUAAUAUUCAAGGUAAAUCGAUUGAUUUUAUUAAAUCCGAUGUUACUAAUCCUUCUUUUUUCUCAGGCUAUAUGAAGAAAACCGACGGGUCUUCGUCAGUCAGGUACGUUAAUUCUCUAUAACCCACAAUUUUUAUUCAUAAUUAAAAGCAAAUAUAUUAUAUUCAAAUAAAAUAAAGUAUUAAACUUUCUCUCUCUCUCUCUCUCUCUCUCUCUCUCUCUUUCCCAUCGAAAAUUCAUAACAAAAUUUAACUUCCUUUUUCGAAUCUAAAUGAAGAAUUGAUUGUCUGACGAAGUAAAAACGAUUAGAACGAAACGAAACGAAACGAAAACGAAAGAAAGAAAGAAUGAAAAAUAAAAGAUCGAAUUAACGUAAGUAGAUAUGUGAGCAUGUGACGGAUAGUGUUAUAGAGAGUUAAAAAUAAGAAAAAGAAACGAAAAGAAAAGAAAAGAAAAGAAAAGGUCGAAGGUAACGCUAGAGUGUCUCGAUGGAAAAAUAACGCUCGUCGGGCUUACGCCCGCUGCGGAUAGCAGUUUUAUUUUCACAUAAAAGUGGAAAAAUUUCUCGCGGGAGGAAACGAAGCGUAGAACAUAGCCCGGGCCCGGAUUGAUUGUUUUACUACGUGCGCCCCUCGAAAUGAACCGCGGGACCGAGUUUGCCGGCGGCGGCAGCUCUCUGUUCCUGAAGUCGAGCACAAUUUCGUGGUACUUUAAGAUAAAUUCUUACGAGAAAGGGAGAGAGACAGAGAGAGAGAGAGAGAAAAAGAGAGAAAGAGAGAAAGUAUAAACGAGACGAGAGAAAACUGUACUCACCCUCACCCUCCUCUUUCUCCUCCUCUUUCUCCUUCUCCACCUCCUCCACCUCCUCCUCCUCCUCCUCCUCAUUUUUUUUAUUGUAAGACAUUUCUUUUCCUAUCAAAAAGUAUCGUUCCAAGGAGUGCCUCGAAUUACGAACGGGUUAUGUUCUUUAUCGAUCUUUGUGUUGGUUGAUCUUUUAAUAUACUGGGUGAAUGAAAUUAUAUCGAUAGAGUAAUAAUGAUAAUCAUGAUAAUAAUAAUAAUAAUAAUAGUAAUAAUACUAGUAAUAAUAAAUAAUGAUGAUGAUGAUGAUGAUGAUGACAACGAUGUCGAUAAUUAUUAUCAUUAAAUAUAUAAUUCUAUCUCCAAUUAUUUAUAUCAAAGGUGUUGCUAAAUUAUAUUACAUUUGUGUAAUAUUUGUAAUACUACAUUUAAUUUUAUUCAUAUAGUUCCGCUCGGUGUUAAAUUAAUGUUAUUCUUUUUAUAGAGAAAAGGAAAUGAAAAAAGGCAACUUCGGAAAAAGGAAAUAUUAUUUGCAAUUAAAAAUUUAUUACACUCCGACAACAACGUUUCUUUUUUUCUUUCUUUUUUGCCUGUUUUCUUUUUUUUUCCUUAUGGGAGAUGAAAAGAAUAAAACAAAAAAAAAAGAAGAAAUGGGAGAGGAAAAGAAAAAUGUAAUAAAAAAUAUGCCACUCCUCACGUAUUAUAAAAAAUAUCGUAAGUUUCUGUUAUUUUCUGUUCCUUCUUUUUCUUUUUCUUUUCUCUUUCGUAUUCACACGUGUAUUCGCAUAUUCAAGUGUCAAAACAUUCUCGUAUAAACCGAGUAGAACGAGAGUCGAGAAAGAAGUAAAAAUGAAUAUACAUAUGUCUAUACUAUGAAAAUAAGAUGAAAAAGAAAAUAACAGAAUAUUAUUACGUUCUUGUAUUUUAAAAGAAAUAUAUUAUUAUUAUUAUUAUUAUUAUUAUUUGUUUUUUUAUUUUUAUUUUUAUUUUUACUUGCAUUUCACGUCUCUUAACGUAAUACACUGUACACAAAAAAGAAAACAUUUCUAAUUUACAAGAUGAAGGUUCAUGAAAAGAUCGAGGUAAACAUCGAUGUUUCUUUCGCCAUUUAUAAAGAUAAAUUUUCAUUAGAGAAAUAUUCUUCUAAUACCUCUUGGCGUCAACGUUUACCCGACGCCUUUCCUUUUCUUUCCCUUAAACCUCCUGCGCCAUCACCAUCGUAGUUUACCACGUAAACGAAACGAAUUCCCGACGAGGGAAAUGCUCGAGCACGCGGAUUUAAUCGUGUUUAACGUGGAAUCUACUUCUUUUUCUUUUUUCUUUGCUUUUUCUUUUUUUUUCCUCGGUCGCAACGAAAACGCAUCCGGUUGAGGCACAUUCGCGUGUAACUUCGACAACGUGAAUUUCUUCGAAAGGAAGAUUUAUAUACCGAUAUGUUUUUUCUAUGGGUUCACGCGUAAACGUGUAAUAGUAAUUGUUUUAUCUGUAGUAUGUUUUAUGUAUAUAUAUAUAUAUAUAUAUAUAUAUAUAUAUAUAUAUGUAUAUAUAUAUAUAUAUAUCUUUAUCUUCUUGCAGUUUUUAAUCUUCAAAGGGAAAAAGUAAUCUUUCGGAAAAUAUUUCCUCGAUGAAAGAUUUCCACGAUCUCUCAGUUCGUUUCUCUCCUUUGAGAAAAUCAAGAUUCCAUAAACUAUCCAUUUGAACUUUCUUAUUCAACUUGAACGACGAGAGUUAACGCGAAUCGAAUCGCUUUUUCUCUUGUAACAAUAAGUGAUACCUUAGACGAUAAAGACAGAGAAAGAAAGAGAGAGAGAGAGAGAGAGGGAGAAGGAGAAAGUUGAGAAGAGAUACAUUGUUUUAAAAAUAUAUAUAAUAAUACGUUCCAGAGAGAAUUUAUUUUUAUUUAUUGUUUAUCGCAAUCUUUUCUAUUUUUCUGUUUUUCUUCUUUUUCUUUCUUUUUUUUCAUCUUUUACACUUUUUUAAUUUGAAAAACGAUCGUUCAAAAGAUUCGUGCGUUUCUCGUGGAUAAGGAAAGAGAAUAAUAAUAAGAGAGAAAAACGAAAAGAAAACGAAAAAAAAAAGAAAAAAGAAAGAAAAAAUGAUAAAACGUGUGGCAACGUGCUGAUAGUACAAUACUUAAUAAACAAUUUAGUCGUAUCCGUUGCUUACGCUUAACUGUUGUAAAUAAUGUCGAAAAUAACAUCGGCUUGUCUAAUGAGAGAGAAAAAAAGAGAGAAAGAGAGAGAGGAAUAAAUAGGGAAAGACAUAGAUAAAAAUUGAGAGAGAGAAAAAUAAUCGUCAAAUCUGUACAAACGUACAGAAUGAAAGAAAGAUUGAAAGUGAUAAUUUUCAAAAUCAAUUAAACUCUUUCUCGAAAUUUGCUUGGUCUUAAAUAAUUGAUCGUAGAUUUAUAAGCUACCCUCGCAGUUUUACGACGUGAAAGCUAAACAAAAAAAAAAAAGAAAAAAGCAGAACGAAAACAAUUAAUCUAAAGAAUCUCGAAAAAAAAAGUAUAAUUUAUUUUUAAGAUCACUUAGUAGGAACUUUUGGUUCACCCUGUGUAUGUAUGUAAGUCUUGUUGAUGAAAGUUCUUUCCUUCCUUGCUUUUUUCUUUAUUUUUUGGCUCUCUCUUUCUCUCUCUCUCUCUCUCUCUCUCUCUCUCUCUCUCUCUCUCUCUCUCUCUCUCUCUUUCUCAUGUGUAAAUUUACUUCGAAAGCUCAUGGAAAAAGAAAAAAUAAGAAGAAAAAGAAGAAGAAAAAAGAGAAAGAGAGAGAGAGAGAAAAGAAAAAGAAAAAAGGAGAAAAAAAUAUGAAGGAAUACAAGAAGUAAAGGAAAUCGCAGUCCAUUAAGACACAUUAACGUGCCAAAUCUAUAUACACAAAGGAACGAUCAAAGCAUUUACGUUCUCUAACGUGUAUGGUCGUCUAGUUAAAAGCGGAGAUCAUUAGACCGUUCUAUUGAUUUUUCUUGCUUUUAUCAAGGCGCUCGCGUAUGUCUGUGUUGUGUGUGACUGUACGUUUACUUGGUUGCAUGCGUGGAUGUGUGUAUGCGUAUACCUGUGUACCUACCGUGCAGUCAUCGACAUUAAAAGAAAAAAAAAAAAGAAAAAACGAAAGAAAAAUAAUAAUAUUAAUAAUAAUAAUAACAAUAAUAAUAAUAUGACAGAUAUCAUAACAGAAUGCAAUCAAUGAUAAAUGCAAUCAAUGACAUUCGGAUCUUCGAUUACGGAUUUGCAAUAUAUCAUUGAAAAAUCAUUUAACAGGAUUUGUUUCUAUGGGGAAAAUUUUUUCACGAGAAUAUUAUUAUUAUUAUUAAUCAAUUGUAUCGAAUAAAUGUUAAUCUAACAAAUAUUAUUUGUAAGGAUUAUUUGUUUAAAUAUUAUCAAAGACUUAUAUUAUUUAUAAAUUGUUGGAUUAAAUUGUUACGUUAAAGAUUAUUAUGUCGUAAUUCAUAGAUUGAAGUGGUUGGUUGUUAAUGAACGAAUCCAUCUAAUUAAAUAAUCGAUAUUCAUGUAUCAAAUACAUGAUGAUAAAUAAUUCAAGUCGUACAAGUCGUUUUGAUAAAAUCGAAACGUAUUGCUUUCGAAUGGAUUGAGAACCAUAACGAAAGCAUAGCCGAAUAUAACAGACGGUAUGAACGUCGAAUGUAUGAAUGGAUUCUCGUGAUGAGAGAGAGAGAGAGAGAGAGAGAGAGAGAGAGAGAGAGAGAGAGAGAGAGAGAGAGAGAGAGAGAGAGAGAGAGAGAGAGAGAGAGAGGAUUUAAGAGUCGAUAGAUGAUCGUUAAACUCAUCAAUGAGAAAUUACUUUGGAAAUGGUCAUGUAUUAACAAUGCAACUAUGAAACAAGCUUAUGAGCUAAUAUUUUGUUAUAAAUUUGUGGAAACGUUAUCGCGGCAUCCUGAUUUAUCGAUCCUUUAUACUCUCAACGUAUACGUAUAUACGCAAAUGAUUAUGAAAGUGAGGUAGUGUAAAUCAUGUUUUAUCGGUAUUUUUUUAUUUUUUUGUUUUUUGAGAUUAUAAAGUUUGAGAUUAUAAAGGCUUGAAAGCUAUUUCAAAAUUUAUUUGUAUUCCAUAAUGAAAUAUAUUUCUUUUACGUAAUUUUAUAAUUAAAAUAUUUCAAAGGAUAACGUGAGAUAUGUCUCUUAAUAUCUAAUGAUGAAUGACUAAUAGAAAUCACUUUCAUGAUCAACCGACUUAUAUAUAUGUAUCUUCAAAAAAAAAAGAAAACUGUGCGAGUACGAAGAACUUGAAAAAACAGAAAAAAGAAAAGAAGAAAGAAAGAAGAAAGUUUGUCUGUAGAUUGUAUAAAAAGGUAUAAAAGGUUAAUUAUUAUCAAAGAGUUAACGAAUUGUUGAUCAUAGGUGUUGUUCGCGCGAAAGUUAUAUUAAAUUAAUAUAAAAAUGGCAAGAGGAGAUGUAUUGUAUAAUGACAUCGUAUAACUAUUAAAAAAACAAAAAAAAAAUGACCGUGUGAUAAAAUAUGAUAUACAUAUACUAUACUAUAUAUAUAUAUAUAUAUAUAUAUAUGUCAUAUUUUAUGUGAAAAAAUAUGUAUACUGCAUAUUACACUUUGGUAAAAACGAAUCUAACACGUUAUACGUCGUAUAAGUGAGAAACCGACGAAAAGAAAAAAAAAAAGAUAAUUAAAUCCCAAAAAAUACCCAAAUCGGCCUUUUUUUGAAUAAUCACAAACAUCGAAGACGUCAUAAUGAAAGAGACGAUUUUUCAUGAAAUUUCAUUCGUCUCUAAAUUAAUUAUUAUGGCUUCGAUCGUUUGUUCGAAAUAAAUAAAUAAAAAAAAGGACAAAGAAAAAACACCAUAACAAAAUAAAAAAUGAAAAAUUACGCGAUUAGGAUGACUAUGGUACACCGCGAAACGUAAGCACGAAAAAGCACGAGAAACUUUGUGAUGCGAUCGUAUAUAUAAAUAUCGUGUAUAUAAAUAUAUAAUAUAUAAUAUAUAUAAUAUAUAUAAAUAUAUAAUAUGCAAAAAAGAGGACAGCUCUUCACACAGUUACACGUAUUGCAAAAUGUAACAAAAUAUAUUUACCGAAGAAACGCGUCCGCUUCGUUUCGUGAUAAGACCAAUGUAUGACUGUUUAAUAAUUAAGAAUUCAAACAAAAAAAGAAAAAAAGAAACAAACAAACCAAAUAAAUAAAUAAAUAAAUAAGUAAAUAAAUAAAUAAAUAAAUUCAUAUAACAUAUACCAUACGUGAGGAUCAUCGAAGAAAAUAAAAAAUAAAAUAAAAUUGAAAUAAUUCAAAUGAAGGAAAAAUGCUUGGAAGCUACGAAUAAAUUCGUACGAACGCACGUGCGUAGUAUAUAUAAAAAAUAUGAUAUAUAUAUAUAUACUAUACACACACAUAUAUAUAUAUAUAUGUAUAUAUCAUAAAAUGACAUAGACGUGUAUAUAAUUUAUUAUACAUAGGCAAAUAAAAUAAAGAAAAAAAAAAGAAAAAGAGAAUAAGAAGAGUCGAAGAAACGUAAUCCGUUAAGAAAAGUGAUUAAAACUUUAGUUCUUUCGCGAAUAAUUUUUGAAACGGAUGUUCACUUCCUCUUAAUAUAAUUGUAUAAUUUUCAGUCGCCAAAGGGGGAACGAAAAGUUUUUAAUCCUUCUUACGAAGAUCCUGACGCGAAGGAUUAUUCAAAUCUCUAACGCAUAUCGUGAGAAUGAAGGAAAAAGGAUAGGGGAUGGGGAAAAAAAGAAAACAAGAAAAGAACGAAAAUAAAAAUAAGAAAGUGGAAACAAAUUUUAACAUAUCUAGAGUCUGACGAAGAAUGAAAGAAAGAAGUUAACUACUGCACUUGUGUUUUACCUUUAUUUUUUUCUCUUUUUAUUAUUUAUUUAUCAGACAAAUCGUUAUGAUCGUGGGCAUAUCAUCAAAAAAAGAAAAAGAAAUGAAAAUAAUAUGUGAUUGAUUAAAAUUAAUGUCGGACGUUACGGACGAUCGUAAGAAAAAAAAAAAGAAAAAGGAAGAAAGAAAGAAAGAAAGCAACGAAGAAAAUAAAAAAAAGAAAGAAAAAAUCAAUGAAAAACGACAGACUAUCCACGAAGAAAAGUAAGCGACAAAAUGACACGAAUUUUUUCAAAACGCAUAAUCGAAUGAAAAUAAUAAUAAUAAUAUGCAUAGUAAAAGCCGAUAAUCGUUCGUGCAGCAAAGAAAUAAUGAAAAUAAAAGAAAAGAAGAACGAUCGACAAAUUAAUUCUUUUUGUUAUAAUUUAUUACGUUGUGUGUGUGUGUGUGUAUGUGUGUGUGUGUGUGUGUGUGUGUGUCUGGUGUAAGAUGACUAAAUAAAAAAAAAGAAAAAGAAAUAACCAAUUAAAAAAAAGGAGACAAAAGGGAAACGAGUAUGAUAUAAAAAUUUUUUCUCGCGUAAACGACAAAAUAAAACGAAACGAAACAAAACGAAAAGAGAAAACAAAGUAAAAUGAAACAAAGGAAAAUGAAAAAAAAAA